AUGAUAGGCACAGAUUCCUAUCGAAUAGUUAUAGAAAUUUCCGAUCCAUCAUCUAACGCCCAAGUGAAUUCGGACUACAGAUAUUCCACAAUCUUGGUGACUUCUAUUGAUAAUCUUCCAGGCAUGAAUCCAGGCCAAUCCUUAGAGCCCAUGAGAGCCAAACUGUUGGGUGAAGGAGUCAUCAGGCUUCUUCGAGACUUUGAGGAUGAAGAUGAUACUGAGGUGUCAAAGACUACUACCAUUACAAGUCCCGGAGACGACACUAUGGUAGCUAUAAUUGCUGUCCCCACAUACUUCACAGCCACCGAUCUUUUGGGCUUUGUUGGAGACCAUUAUAUGAAAAGCGUCACGCAUAUUCGCAUUCUCAAAAGUGACAAGGUGAACCGGUUUAUGGUGUUGAUUAAAUUCAAUAAUUUGGUCAAGGCCGAGGAAUUCCAAUAUCAUUAUGAUGGAAAGCCUUUCAAUUCGAUGGAGCCGGAAACAUGUCACGUUGUUUUUGUUAAAUCCGUGGUUACAGACACCACUUCCAGCACUAUCCCCAACAAAGACCUGUUGAUCCCGUUUUUGUUGGACGACCCAUUCACAGCAUCUCAUGAAUCUUCUGAGGACUCCACAUCUGGCAAACUAGAUCUGGAACCUGACCCCAUAGAACUUCCAACAUGUCCUGUUUGUCUCGAAAGACUAGAUUAUGAGGUUACAGGCUUGUUAACUAUUCCAUGUCAGCAUACUUUCCACUGCCAAUGUCUCUCUAAAUGGAGAGACGAUACUUGUCCGGUUUGUAGAUACACCAACAACAUUUCAAACCACAAGAUACGACGUUCCGUCCGGAGAUUGCUGCAGAUCAACUCAAGAAUGUUUCAAAGACUCAAUCAGCAGCCCAUCGAGGAAGAGGGUGCCAAUGAAACGACUGAUCAGUGCAUGCAAUGUACGGCGGCCGAGAAUCUAUGGGUCUGCUUGAUAUGUGGAAAUGUUGGAUGCAGCCGAUAUGCACCUGAGCAGCAUUCAUUGAAGCAUUUCGUGGAGACAGGGCAUUGCUUUGCCAUGGAGCUCAAUACAUCUCGAGUUUGGGAUUACGCAGGAGACAACUACGUCCAUCGAUUGAUAGCAAGUGAGGCUGAUGGAAAAAUCGUGGAGCUACCUGAAAAAGAUGCUCAAAAUGAGACGAAAAUUAAUCUGAAGGACAACGAUAACACUGAAUAUUCCGAAUUACUCUUGAGUCAGCUAAUCAGUCAACGAGAGUAUUACGAGCAUUUGCUCAAUGAAAACGGCCCAAGUCAGGGCAUGAGACUGAGAAGAGGCUCAUCUAUCGUAGAGUCUGCAUCUACGAGUAAGAAACUCAAUGAUAUGGAGUCUCAGAUUGCUGAACUAACUGAUAAGUUCAAUAAAGUGUCUACAUCAGUUAUUCCUGCCUUGAAACAGAAGGUCGAUAUGAAAAACACAUCACUAAGACUUGCUAUGAAGGAGCUAGAGGAAUCCAAUGCAAUGAAUGAGGGACUUUCAGCCAAGGUUGAGUUCUUGACAGAAGCAAACAAGAAGCUAAAGGCAGAAAACGUGGACUUACAGGACCAAGUAAAGGAUCUUAUGUUUUUCUUAGAAGCUCAAGAGAAGUUCAAAGGAGCUUCCGAUGAAGUCAGGGAUGGAACGGUAGUGAUCCAAGAGCUGAGCAAGAAGAACAAGAAAAAGACCAAACGGUGA